UGUCGCUUUUUUUUUAGUCCUCCAUCAGACAAGUUUAUCCACAGCAGUUUAAAGACAUGGACGCUUCUGCUCAGUUUCUACAUGAUUCGAGGUCUCUGAUGCAGGGGGAGGCCACCCAGAAAAAAACAAAAAAAUUGUCUUGGCUGUCAUGAAUUCAAGGUGGAUAGCCAUUUACCCCAGAGAGAAGAGUUAAUUCACAAAUCCGUUGUCCUUUAUGCACACAAGGCUCUAUCAGCCUGUCUACUCUUUAACACAGUUGCAUCAUCACAUUCACCACCCAGUUGUAGGCGACUUGAUUGAUAUUUUAUGGAGGCAGGAUGUCGAUUUGGGGGUGGAACGAGAGAUCUUUGAUGGAUGCCUUCGGCAGAAGGAGGAGACCAUGAGAGCAAGAGACAGAGAGUUGAAAAGAGAGAGAGAGCUUGAAAGGAUAAUGCAAAGGUUACAGAAACUUGACAAAGAGACUGGAGAGUUUUUGCCUAGUCCUUCAUCCGUGAACUCCCAGGCUGUGCCCUUCUCAGAGACGUUGCCAGCUACGGUUUCUACACAGCAUUCUCCCGUUACCCAGAAUCCCCUGCUAUCUGCCCUGCUAUUCUCUAAGUCUCAGAAGCUUCCUUCUCAGGAGCAGGCUUUUAGUGAACUUCUGUCACUGCCAGACUUACAGUAUUAUCUGGAUGUCUUGGAGUCUGAGGGCUCAAGUUUGCCCUUGGAGGAUAUCACCGAAAUCUGCCACCAUCACCUGCCAGAACCACAGAGGGAAAACCCAACAGAUGAAUUAUGUGGUAUCAGUGAAGUCACACAGAUAAUAUCAGACUCUUAUGAGGUUGCUCAGCCUUUGUCAUGCAUGCCCUCUGACCCAUUAGAAGUCCUAGAAACAUGCAUAGAGACGUUCUCAGAUCCAGGCAAUCUUACACCUUCACCUUCAAACACAAUUUACAGCUGUAGUACCCCUAAGAAUCAAGGAAUUUUAACUAAAUGCCAAACAAACUCAAGCGAUUCAACCCUCAGUGAGUUUUGCCCUGAUAUAAAUACAUAUACCAUCAAUACUAGCACAGUCAGUGAACCAGAACAAUUAAAUGGUGCGCGGGAAAGGAACGCUCCACAAAUGCUAUCACAAUUUGGGGGGCGUCACAUUCUUCUGGGUUUUGAUGACUCUGCUUCUGUUAGCUCUGUGGAUUUAGAGACAUCCCUCUAUGCGGUUGACACCUUAAGCAACGGCCAAUCAGAAAAGGAUGAGCUGGAGAGCAUCCAGUCGGAUUACAGUGAUCUGCUGCCUUUAUCUCUCCACUCUGAGACUGUAGAGGCAGCAAUAUAUGAAAGUGCUAUGUGUGCACAUUCACAACACCAAACUCAAAACGAAUCAACACCUGAAAAUUCACAAAAAGAACCUCAGUCAAAUUUUACAACCGCAAACAGAGCUGCAGGUGUCCGGCGUGCAUGUCGUGACGAACAGAGAGCCCGAGCGUUGGGUUUGCCGAUUAGUGUGCAUGACAUCAUCAACCUGCCCGUGGAAGCGUUUAACGAAGCCAUCGGCUCCUGCAAACUUAACAACGCUCAACAUGCACUCAUUAGAGACAUUCGAAGACGUGGCAAAAAUAAAAUGGCAGCCCAGAGCUGUCGCAAACGAAAGCUGAAUAGUCUCGUUGAUCUCGAAGACGAGAUUGAGGUUCUGAAGAGGGAGAAGGAUAAAAGCAAGGAAGAAAAAGAGAGAAACACUAGAGAUCUUCGUGAGACGAAAGAGAAGCUCAAGAAUCUCUACAAUGAGGUGUUCGGACAGCUGAGAGAUGAGCAUGGAAACUCCUACAGUCCUAAAGAGUACAAACUACAGCACAGCACCGAUGGCACGUUUUACCUGCUGCCGCGUAGCACAGCCAACAAGAAAAAUUCACUGUCCGAGGAUUUAGCUACUGCUGUAUAACACACCUGAAGUACCAUCAGCAGAACUCUUUGGUCUUUGUAACUUGACAUAGCAGUGGCUUUGGAUUCCAGUUGUUGUGGAGUCAUUGGCCCUGUUUACGACAGGCAUUUACAUGCAUCUCUUUUGACCACUUGUGAGCAGAUUUUGUUAAGGGAGGUUGGUCAAAAGAGAUUCAUAAGAGCAUGAAAUCUGCUGUUUUCAGUCAUGCAGUACAGAUACGGAUGCUUGAAUCUCCAAAAUGUUGGCAAUGUUAAAUUUAACUAAGCUAAUUAUUUCAAAUUAGCAAUGACAACUAAGGUAUUAUAAAAUGUACAUCUUUAGCUUGAAUAAUGAGGCUGGUCCAGCUGAUGCAUACUCGGUUCUGUUCAAAACUUGAGAUCUGGAAGAUGUUCAAUAUCUCUCAUGCUCACCAAGAAUGCAGUUAUUAGAUCAAAAAUACAGUAUGAACAGUAAUAUUGUGAAACAGUUUUCUAU